GCUUUCCCCCCAAAGCCGCGGUGACACGGGCCACGGCCUGAAGAAGUCGGAGCGUUCCUGGACAAGGGCUUAAACCCCACAGAAGGCUGAGAAAAAGAAUUUAUUCUUUAAAUUUCCAAAACAAGCUGGAGGGAAAAGUGGAGGCCCCACUUUCUCAGCGGCUUCACCCCUGGGGACGUAGAGAGUUCGGCCAUGUGAUCGCCCCGGGAUGAUUUUCCCAGCUCAGUUGGCCGCAGCAGGACACGUGUUUUUUUUCACCCUGUUGAUUUUGUCAUGUGAAAUACUGGAAGGGUGACCUGCUGGGCUUGGACAUUACUUGAGUAACCACCUACUAAACUUCCUGGCUUGAUUUGUCUUUCUUUUUCUUUUUUUUUAAGUCUCAACUUCCCAUCACUUGUUUUCUUACUGGAUAUUCUAACAUAAGCGUUGAAACCCCAAAUAGGAAAAGUUUAUGAGUGAGCUUCGUGUUGUUUUCAGUACAAGGUGGUGCAUGAUUUUGCUGUCUGUAAUAUGCCCUUUGAAAAAGAAAUACAAAUCUCUUGAUGGUGUGCUUGCUUGAACUCUGUCCAUGUAUCAUGGACACGCUUUGAUUUCUUUGCAUCAGAACGUUUAUGCCUUCAGGGAGGUUGUGUGUCACAGUCGCAGGGAAACUUGAGCCCAUCCUUGGAGGUUUGGAAUUCCUAGAUCUUGAGUAGGGCCGAGAAGUCUAAAUCUGUAUUUUUAGGAAUUUCUACAGUUUAUUUUUGGGAAUCACUCUGAGGAGAGACUUUAAAAAUAUGUAUUUUGAAGAAUAUUAAGAAAUUUGAGAUUCUGAUGUCAAAGCAAGCACAUAGACCCUUUCAUUAGUGUAUCUCUUGGUUUAUUGAGUGCUUAAUAUACGUCAGGCAGAGCUGGGAGGCAAACAUCCAUCGAAGAAAGAUGGAGCUGGAAUCCUCAGGGAACUUGCAGUUUUCAGACUGAUGAAAAACCAAAUAAAAAUGUUAUUUAGCAAGAACCUCGUUUUAUUAAAUGUAGUAGUUCUUUCAGCUAAGUAAUGAAAGCCAUUUAAAGUUUUAAAGUCAUUAUUUUAAUAUGUGGUAAAGAUAUACUCUUAUAAAUUUGAACCCUGUUAAAAUUACAGCAGGUCAUAGAAUAACAUUUUGUUCAAGUCAUUUAGUUGUAACCAUGAGAUGGUUAGGAACUUAACUCCCCUUUUUGUCAAUUAGCCAUUGAUAAAAAUUGGUUUCAUUAUAAGUCGUUUCACUGAAAGUGGUAGGACCUGUGCACAAGGUUAAGCGAAGACAAUGUACAGGGGUGGGCAAAAGUAGGUUUACAGUUUAGAGUAACUAAAAGUUUAUUCUCAUAUUGUUUAUUAAUGUAUUAUUUAUUUGUAUUACAACUGCAUACUUUUGCCCUCCCUGAAUAUGCUCAUUGCAUGUAGACAGGAGGGCAGCUUUCAGAGUCAAAGCAACUAUAAUACCUUUAAUAUCUUUUUAGGAGACUAGUUUGGCUUUGUAGUUGAUGUCAUUUGACUUAAAUAGUAGAUGUUUAAAUAUUACAUAGGAGAAAUAUGACUUGUUAAUCUUCAGGUCUUGUCAGCAUCAAGUCAUUUGAAUAUAUAGUUCAAAAAGUGAUAAAAACUGCAUAUAUUAUAUACUUUUUAAUGAUUUCUUGUUAAUGAUUUCUUCCUAAUAAUUUUUUUAACUUGGUACAGAAUAAUUUUUAAAGAAUACUCAACAUCAGGGAAACCUUUUUCCGUGGGAAAGAAAACUUGGAUGAUUUUUGUGUGUGUGUGUAUUUACACUUGUUAGAAUUGUUUGGUAGUGCAAAUAAGUGCAUUAUUUAAAAGGCAUCUAUUUUAUUUGGGAUAAUGUGUGCUUAGUGCUUCAUAAAGGCUUAAAGUUGCUUAACUGUCAAAAUGACAGGGUUGAGUUUAAAAUUUAAUGAGAAUGAAUUUCUUAGUUUAUUUAAAAUAGCAAAUGCAACCUGGCAAUUAUACCUUCUCUGUUUUCCUGUGUUGAAAGAGGGAGAAAAUGCCUAAAAAAAAGACUGGUGCGAGGAAGAAGGCAGAGAACCGCCGGGAACGUGAAAAACAGCUGCGAGCAUCGAGAGGCACCAUAGAUUUAGCUAAACACCCAUGCAACGCUUCAAUGGAAUGUGACAAGUGUCAGAGGCGGCAGAAGAAUAGAGCGUUUUGCUAUUUUUGUAAUUCUGUACAGAAGUUACCAAUUUGUGCGCAGUGUGGGAAGACAAAGUGCAUGAUGAAGUCUUCAGACUGUGUCAUAAAGCAUGCUGGUGUAUACAGUACUGGCCUUGCAAUGGUGGGUGCAAUAUGUGACUUCUGUGAAGCAUGGGUUUGUCAUGGUCGGAAAUGUCUCAGCACACAUGCCUGUGCCUGCCCUCUUACCGAUGCCGAGUGUGUAGAAUGUGAACGAGGCGUCUGGGACCAUGGAGGCAGAAUAUUCAGUUGUUCUUUUUGCCAGAACUUUCUCUGUGAAGAUGAUCAAUUUGAACAUCAAGCCAGCUGUCAGGUUUUAGAGGCGGAAACGUUUAAAUGUGUUUCGUGCAAUCGGCUUGGUCAGCAUUCUUGUCUCCGUUGUAAGGCUUGUUUCUGUGAUGAUCAUUCAAGGAGCAAGGUGUUUAAACAAGAAAAAGGAAAACAACCUCCCUGCCCUAAAUGUGGACAUGAAACUCAGGAAACUAAGGAUCUUAGCAUGUCAACACGCUCCCUGAAAUUUGGCAGGCAGGCUGGAGGUGAAGAGGGAGAUGGAGCUUCUGGGUAUGAUGCCUAUUGGAAGAACCUUUCAUCUGAUAAGUAUGGUGAUACCAGCUACCACGAUGAGGAGGAUGAGUAUGAAGCAGAGGAUGAUGAAGAUGACGACGAAGGUGGAAAGGAUUCAGAUACUGAGUCAUCAGAUUUGUUUACUAAUUUAAAUUUAGGAAGGACCUACGCCAGUGGCUAUGCUCACUAUGAGGAACAAGAGAAUUAGGGGAGCUGCUUGCCCAUUGGUGACCUUGUCUGAGAGGAGCAGGGGAGUGUGUGCUUGAUGAAUCCUGUGUGGAUGUUCAGAAGUACUGUCGCUUAGCCUUGUGCAAAAGACUAGUCACACUUACUGGGGCAAGGAGUGGGGCAUAGCAUUUUUAUAGGAACUGCUAAUCAGGCUUAUGGCAUAAGAAAAAUUAAUUUCAAAUGUAAGAUGUUUAUUGAUACAAGCAAUUGAAGCAUCAUGGAUUGGAAUUUUACUGAUUUCAGUAAUCUGGUAGGUUUUGCCAAUUAGAUACAUAUAUAGGAUAAAGGAAUAGGAGGGUAAUAUAUUUGAAAUUAAAUUGCUGUUUUUAUGAAAAAACACUGCUUAUAAAUUCAUUCCGUCCGAUUUUGUAAAAUGUAAUGGGUAAAAUGAGUUAUUGUAUUUUUCCUUUUUGUCCAGAGAAUACAAGUCAGAUAUUCUAUGCUAAAUUUUCAUUAAAUCUCCAUGUCAUCUUACAUAGUCAUGAUAUGUGUGCUUUAACAACUGAUUCAUUUAUUUCUUCACAAUGUACAUGCUGAAUAGUACCUAUUAAUGCCUAAAUGUAUAGACAAAGGUGACUACCUAGCCAUUUUUCAGACACAGAAUCAGAAAUAGUAUUAUUACACAGAUGCUUUACCCAGAAAAUUUCAUUUCUUUUUGAAUAAAUCUAGUAUUACAGUUCCAUA